UUGUAACAGAAGACCUCUCUCUCUCUCUCUAAACAGUACCAGUAAGGAAGUAAAAGAACUCUCUCUCUUCCUCUUAACCAGCACCACUGAAAGAAGGGUUUAUCUCUGCUUCUCUCUCUUUCUGAAGUCUAAACAGCAGCAAUGGAAACAGGGGUUCAUAUUUUCACCCCUGUUUAACAUCUCUCUCUUUCUCUCUCUACAAACUAUCAAAAAGACGGGAAUUGCUCUCUGCUUACCCCUAUUUCUCUCUCUAAAGUAUAAACAGCACCAUCAGAGAAAAAGAUGUUUUUUAUCUCCUCCCGUGCUCAAGAUCUCUCUCUCUCUCUCUCUCUCUCUCUACAUAGCACCAAUAAAAGGAGGGGGUUUUAUUUUUCUUUUCUCUAACAACCCAACUGGGAGCAAGAACUUCUUCUCUCUAAGAUCUCUCUCUCUCAUUGCUUGAUCUCGUCGGAAUCUGACCAUAACUUGCCGGAAAAAUAUCCAGCCAAAGGAUUCCGGCACAAAGAUACCCAAUCCACAGCCGCUAUUCACCAUUCCCAUCCUUUCGCUCCCUCUAACCUCUCACCCCCCAUCCCCCUCUCUUUCCUCAAUACCUGUCCCCCAGUCAUAAAGUGGUUGUCCGUCAAUCCAGGGUGGUUUUCCGUUAUGUAUAAGAACCAGUUGCAGGAGCUAGCGCAGAGGAGCUGCUUUAACCUACCGUCUUAUUCGUGCAUCCGAGAGGGGCCUGACCAUGCGCCUAGGUUUAAGGCCGCCGUUAACUUUAACGGCGAGGUCUUCGAGAGCCCUGGUUUCUGUACGACCCUGAGACAAGCUGAGCACGCGGCUGCUGAAGUGGCUUUGAACACGCUAUCAAAUAGAGGGCCAUCUCAGUCUUUAGCGGCGAGGAUACUGGAUGAAACUGGAGUUUAUAAGAACCUGUUACAGGAGAUAGCUCAGAGAGCUGGAGCCGCUCUUCCCGUGUACACGACAGUGAGGUCAGGGCUUGGUCAUUUACCAGUCUUCACAUGCACAGUGGAAUUGGCUGGAAUUUCAUUUUCCGGCGAGCCAGCGAAGAGCAAGAAGCAAGCUGAGAAGAAUGCUGCCAUGGCUGCUUGGUCCUCACUAAAGAAGUUGGCUCAACAACAACAAGCUGCAAGCUCCUUCACCUCUUCGUUGUCGUCUCCGACAUCAUCGGAGGGGGCCACCCCCUCACCCGAGCCAAGUGACGAGCAAGAGCAAAUCACCAUUGCACGUGCCCUUGUCAACUUUCGCCACCAACUUCUCAACAAUAGUAAUAAGAGCAACCCAUGUUCUCCUUCGUUGCCUGGGGCAAAGUUGUCAUUUCCAAACCAACACAAUCCAAAACCCUUCACCCAAAACCUAGGCUCCAAAAUCCUCCCUCUAAUCCGACAAAGGCAGACGCAACGCCCGAAUCCCCACGCUCCGCCGUUCAUCCCGCCGGAAAACCGGAUCCUGGCUACUCAAGCCCAGGUUCCGGCCAGUCAAAGCGGCUUUCCUGCCACUCAGAACAGUUUCCCAGCAGGUCAAAACCGGAUUUCAGCAAUUCAAACCCAGAUUCCAGCUGGUGUGGGGCCGGUUUUCUACCCUGUGGGGCCUGCAUAUAGGCCGACUGUCCACCAUGCUGCCCCACCAGUGACAAUAAGGAACGCAAUCCCAGUUUUUUCAGCUAGGCCAUCACAUGUGCGGAUGCCUCCUCCAGUGCAAGUGCGACACGUUGCGCCAGUUUUCACAACAGGCCCCAUGGCGACAGCCCCAAAAGUUGGGGAGCGGGCAGAGAGGGUGGAUGACAAGGUUUUAGAGAGGGGGUUGAAAGAUUUACAGAUUUGAUGAGAUAUAUUAUCAUUAAGCUGUGCUUAAUUUUGUUGUAAUUUUAUUUUAUUUUUUUAUGUUUUUUCUUUCUUGGGGGGUUCUGUUGUUUGUUAUUGAGGGGAAAUUACAAUGUUCCAGGACCUUACGGUCACUGGGUUUUCUAGAUCAUGAAGAGAGAAUGUAUAUGAGAUGAUAUGUAAUAGUGUAAUGUUGCAAGUGAGAAAAGAACAAUGUUUUAUUUGCUGUUUA